AAUCUGCUCGUAGAACCCGCCGGACACUCGCUUUCCGCCGCUACUCUGUCAACGUUCGUUCGACUCGCCUCCGCUGAUCGGCCACUCUGUGCAGGUAACCAUGAGCGGGCAUGGAAUGAUCCUCCUCAGUUCGGGUAUGCAACUAAUAGCGCCGGGGCUUCAAGUCGGCCCCGAACCCAGCUGAACAAACGCGUACCUUACCUUCCACCUGGCAUGACCCCAAAGCCUCCUUCGACGUCUCCUAGUCGAUCGACAGGGGUAACCGAACCAAUCCCGUUGCCCGGAUUCCCUCCUGAUCAAAAUGGUUCACUUCCGUCAUCAAGUAUUAAUGUAUUUACUCCGCCGGACUUUUACAGACCUAGCGCAACAAUUCCAUGUCAAAGUCCGCCCAGUCAAAUUGAUGGAAAAAUCGACAUUAGCAAAGUGCCAAAUAUCGAUUCAACCGAGAUGUUGUCUCAAAUAGAUACAAAUAUCAGCAAAAUGCUUAAGCAAAUACAGCCAAAUGUUAGUGAACGGAAAUUAGAAGACAUCAAACGACGUCUGGACGUGAUGCGUAGCCAAUGGAUGCAGGGAAAGUUAUCCGACACUACCCGGAAGAGGAUGUACCUUCUAGCGCGAGGUAUUUCUGAAUGUGAUUUCAACGAAGCCGCCCGACUUCAAGUCUCACUUAUCCGUGACUCAUCUUGUGAGGUCUCGCAGUGGAUUGUUGGUGUGAAACACGUCAUUUUAGAGUGUCAAGCUCAAAAUAUUCGUAAAUAAGCCGACCACUGAAGUAAUUUCGGAACAACUGCCACAUCUCUUCCACACACAACGAUCUUCUCUUGGGCAAUAUUGUAAAGCAAGCAACGAAAGGCUGACGAAACUGUUGAAGUUUGCUAUACUCGACAAACCUCCGAAAUGGUUCCGUAACGAACGCAAGGGGACACGUGAUACUUUGCACUUAAUUACAA